AACCACCGCCUUAUUGUUCAGUACCAUGGCCAGAGACCCAUCAUCUGGCAAUGUUAUAUGCAUGAAUCUAUUUUUGAGUCUGUAUUUAUUUUUAUUUUCAUCAAUCUAUUUUUCCAUCGAUCCAUUGAUAUAUCUAUUCGUUCUACUGUAUUUGUUCUACUGUAUAUAAUCCACAUUGAUCCAGAUGCAGUUUCUGCUGAAGUCCCUAUGUGCCGCUGUUGGUUAGUUUAAGGAAAAUUCGCUUCAAUUUCUGAGUGAAGUACUCCCUCGUCAGCCGGAUGUGUUUCAGGGCUUUAUUGCAAUCGUGACUCGGCUGACAAAGACGGCCAGUAGUGCGCCUAUCAUUUGGUUGGAUUUUUAUACGGUGGUUUUGUAUUUCUACACGGAUCGUACGAAGGCUCGCGUCAUGAUUGGUGUUCUUGGCUGUGCGACCGAAAAAAUAUACAUGUCGUGGUGGCUGCUGCUUUACUGCAUUUGUGUCGCAGACAUGGCUUUCGGGCAGGUCCGUUAUUCUGUUCCCGAGGAGAUGACAACGGGGUCGGUUGUUGGAAAUAUCAUCCAGGAUCUAGGCUUGGAUGUUAAACGAAUGAAAUCUGGGAAACCUAGGAUAUUUACCGAGGACGGCAGUGAGUACAUUGGUCUUAAUACAGAAAAGGGAACUUUGGUGGUGGCUAAGAGAAUAGACAGAGAAGAACUGUGCAAUCAAGUGUCUCCCUGCUCUCUUCAUUUUCAAAUUAUCCUAGAAAAUCCUAUGGAGUUGCAUCGAAUUGAUGUAGAGGUUACAGAUAUUAAUGAUAAUGCUCCGUUUUUCUCCAAAAAGGAAUACAGUUUCCAGGUUAUUGAAUCUGCGUCCCCAGGGGCUCGCUAUUCACUUGAGAGUGCCAAAGAUCCAGAUGUAGGACACAACACCGUUCAAACAUACAAACUGAACCCAACAGAUCAUUUCAAAUUGAAUGUUGUCUCACUGCCUGAUGGCACGAAAUAUAUUGAAAUGGUACUCCACACUUCACUUGACAGGGAAAAACAAGAAGAACAUAAAUUAACGCUUACAGCAUUUGAUGGCGGAAAUCCUGAGAAAUCGGGUUUUGUUCGAAUAAAUGUUGUCGUUUUGGAUGCAAACGACAAUGCACCAACAUUCAGUCAGUCUGUUUACAGAUUAGCCGUUCCUGAAAACACUUCUACAGGCACUGUUAUUUUAACAGUCAGUGCGAAUGACAAAGACGAAGGAGGAAAUGAGAAGAUAGUCUAUUCGUUUUCUCAACAUACCGAUAGCGCAUUAUCGCUGUUUAAUAUGGAUCCCCAAACUGGGGAAAUAACCGUAGUUGGUAAAUUAGAUUAUGAAAAAGUUAAACAUUAUGAAAUAAACAUCGAAGCUAUGGACAAAGGAGGACUGACAGACACAAGCAAGGUGCUGAUUGAGGUGACCGACAUUAAUGACAAUGCCCCUGUAAUAAGCAUAAUUUCCCUCUCUAAUCCUAUACCGGAGGAUUCAGCUCCAGACACUGUUAUAGCAAUGCUAAAUAUCAAAGACGCGGACUCGGAUAAAAAUGGCCAAGUUAAAUGUUUUAUUAACAAAGAUAUGCCUUUCAAAAUUAAGUCGUCAUCGUCAAAUUUUUAUAGCCUGAUGUCUGACGAUAUUUUGGAUCGCGAAACAGUCCCGGAAUAUAACAUAACUAUAACUGCAAUGGACGAGGGUUCCCCGCCUUAUUCUACGAGCAAAACAGUUAAUUUAAGAAUAUCGGACAUAAAUGACCACGCCCCAAUGUUCUCCCGAUCAUUUAGCACAGCUUUCAUUACUGAAAAUAAUUCACCUGGUAUGACACUCCUUUCUGUCAAAGCCAGUGACAAAGACUAUGCCAACAAUGCGCGCAUUUCCUAUUUCCUUGAGGAUAGCCAGCUGAAUGGAAGGUCAGCCUCUGCUUAUUUUUCAGUUAAUGCAGAGAGUGGACAGAUACUUGCUGUGCGUUCCUUCGACUAUGAGCAAAUUAAAGAGUUCAAUAUUUGCGUCAAAGCGCAAGAUGGAGGCUCCCCUCCACUCAGUAGCAACAUGACUGUGAAAGUAAUGAUCCAGGACCAGAACGACAACCCUCCUCAGGUUCUGUACCCGGUGCAGACUGGAGGCUCUCUGGUGGCUGAGAUGGUUCCUCGUUCAGCAGAUGUGGGCUAUCUGGUCACUAAAGUGGUGGCUGUUGAUGUGGACUCUGGACAGAACGCCUGGCUCUCCUAUAAACUGCAGAAAGCCACAGACAGGGCGCUGUUUGAAGUGGGCUUACAGAAUGGAGAAAUAAGAACUAUCCGCGGAGUCACUGAUAAAGAUGCUGUGAAACAAAGACUGACUGUGAUAGUGGAGGACAACGGGCAGCCCUCUCGUUCAGCUACAGUCAUUGUUAACGUGGCGGUGGCGGACAGCUUCCCCGAAGUGCUGUCUGAGUUCACUGACUACACACAAGACAAGGAGUACAAUGACAACCUGACCUUCUACUUAGUGUUGGCCUUGGCUGUAGUUUCCUUCCUCUUCAUCACGUGUUUAGUGGUUAUUAUAUCGGUGAAGAUCUACAGGUGGAGACAGUCUCGCGUCCUGUAUCACUCCAAUCUCCCUGUGAUUCCGUAUUAUCCACCACGUUACUCAGACACUCUGGGGACAGGGACUCUCCCACACGUGUACAACUACGAGGUGUGCAGGACGAAUGACUCCAGAAAGAGUGACUGUAAGUUCGGCACAGUCGGUAGUCAGAACGUGCUGAUAAUGGACCCCAGUUCUACAGGAACGAUGCAGCGGAUACAGAGUGAGAAGAACAUCCUGGAUGAAGCAGACUCUCCACUAGAGGUUAGAACGGUGAUUCACGAAAUGUGUAGUCCUUAACUUAUCGUCAAUGUUUUAAUAUUUUUGUAUUUUGUUUAAUAUAUUU